UAUAGAAUUGUAACAAUUGACCAUAAUAAUCUACUCUAAAUUAUUAUUAUUAAUAAACCCAUUACAAUCAUAUAAUUUAAUAUUCUCUAGCCGCAUCGUAAGGCCGAUGAGAGAGACCGAGACAGAAAAAGUAUCGGAAAUUUUUCACUAGCUACUUUAGUCGUAAUUCAGCUAUAUAAAAGGUGAUCAUACAUAGAAUAAUAAUUAGUAAAUAAUAUUCUAAAACUUGAAUUACCUUCUACUCAUGUCUGAGCCAAUCAAUAAAGAAAAGGAAUUUAACAGUUCCAGUUCCAGUUCCAGUUCCCAUACUUCUGAAUCAAAUACCAAUACUGAACUCCAAUAUGAUGAUCAAGUCGAUGAUUCAGUGUACAAGAGAGAUCAAAAGAGUAAAUGGACCAGAGCUCGUCUGGCUGAUAAGAAAGAUGGCAACGUCAACGGAAAUAAACGUACUAGACCAAACCCCAAUUCGGAAGAGAAAAGACAAAGAAAAACUUAUGAUCAGACAGAAUUCAAACCAAUGUUAGAUGAUGAAGGUAAUCCUAUUCCUAAAUCAGAAAGAAAGCCAAAGAAAAAAGUUGCUGUUAUGAUUGGUUAUUGUGGUACUGGUUAUAAUGGAAUGCAAUUACAAAAUGAUCCAAAGAUUCCAACUAUUGAAAGAGAUAUUUAUGAAGCAAUGGCUCGUGCUGGAGCCAUUAGUCCAGAAAAUGCCGUAGAUAUUAAAAAAUCUUCAUUUAUGAGAGCCGCUAGAACUGAUAAAGGAGUUCAUGCUGCAGGAAAUGUAAUUUCAUUAAAGAUGAUUAUUGAAGAUCCUGAAAUUAUUAAUAAAUUAAAUCAAGAACUUCCUGAUCAAAUAAGAGUUUGGGGUGUUCAAAGAGUUACUAAAUCAUUUGAUUGUAGAAAAAUGUGUUCUUCAAGAGUAUAUGAAUAUUUAUUACCAACUUAUUCAUUAUUACCUCCAAAACCUAAGAGUACAUUACUGGAAUUAUUAUCAACUAAAAGAUCUACUACUCCAGGAAUUCUUAAAGAAGAUGAAGAAGGUAUUCAAUGGUGGAAAGAUACUCGAGAAUUUAUUCUUAAAGAAGGAGAAUUAACUCCUCAACAAUUAGAUGAAGAAAUCCCUGCUUUAUUAAUUGACGAUAGUGUUAAAAUUUAUAAUGAAGCUGGUGAAGUUACUGAACAAGGUAAAUUUAUUCGUAAAGUUAAGGGACUUGAAAAUAAAGCUAGAAGAAAUUAUAAAGCUUCACCUGAAAGAUUAGAAUUAUUUCGUAAUGCUAUGAAACAAUAUGAAGGUACUCAUAAUUUUCAUAAUUUUACAGUUGGGAAAUUUUUUAAAGAUCCUUCAGCUAAGAGAUAUAUAAUUUCUACUAAAGUAUCAGAUCCAUUUGAUAUAGAAGGUACUCAAUGGGUAUCAAUUAAAAUUCAUGGACAAUCAUUUAUGCUUCAUCAAAUUAGAAAAAUGAUUGCCAUGGCAACUCUUGUUGUUCGUACUGGUUGUCCAACUGAAAUAAUUCCUCAAUGUUUUACUUCAACUAAAAUUAAUAUUCCAAAAGCUCCUGCCCUUGGUUUAUUACUUGAAAAUCCUGUUUAUGAAGCAUAUAAUCAAACAUUAUCUAAAUUAGAAUAUGAUGCAAUUGAUUUUACCAAAUUUGAUAAAGAAAUGGAAGAAUUUAAGAUGAAAUAUAUUUAUGAUAAAAUUUAUGCUGAAGAAAAUAAAGAAAAUGUAUUUUAUGGAUUCUUUGCAUUUAUUGACACUUUUAAACUUAAAGAUGAAGAUAAUAGAGCUGAUGGAACUCAUGUAUUUGAUUUCCUUAAUUCUAUUACUGAUGAAUUACCAGAAAAGGUAAUUGAAGAAUCAAAUACUACUGGUCCAAUUACAUCUUCUGAUAAUGUUGAUUAAUUAAUUACGAUAAAUUUAAAUUUUUUAGAUAAAUGUAGAUACUUUUCCCAUUAUAUAUUAUACGCCUAUGUAAAGUAAAGAAUUAAUGUAUAAAUAUUAUGGUGAAAAUUUUAAGUUAAUUUAAUUUAAUUUAAUUUAAGUUAAUUUAAUUUAAUUUAAUUCAAGUGAAGAUGCAAAAUAAAAACGAAAUG